AUGGUGCUGGUGUUGGCAAUUGGGGAUCUUCACAUCCCAAAUAGAGCACCUGACCUUCCAGCCAAGUUCAAGUCCAUGCUUGUGCCCGGCAAAAUUCAACACAUCAUUUGCACUGGCAAUCUCUGCGACAAAGAAGUUCAUGAUUACUUGAGAAACUUGUGCCCGAGUUUGCACAUUACUCGGGGUGAGUACGAUGAAGAUUCCCGAUACCCAGAGACAAAAACACUCACCAUUGGACAAUUUAAGCUCGGGUUAUGCCAUGGUCACCAGGUUGUCCCUUGGGGAGAUCUUGAUUCUCUCGCUAUGCUUCAGAGACAGCUAGAUGUAGAUAUUCUUGUUACUGGUCAUACUCACCAGUUCAAGGCCUAUAAACAUGAGGCUGGAGUAGUCAUAAAUCCUGGAUCUGCAACGGGUGCCUAUAGCAGUAUCACCUAUGAUGUCAACCCAAGCUUCGUCCUCAUGGAUGUUGAUGGCCUACGUGUUGUGGUGUAUGUCUAUGAACUCGUUGAUGGAGAGGUGAAGGUCGACAAGAUAGACUUCAAGAAGACGAGUACAUCACCAUGA